UUCCCACCUUCAACCUCUUAAUGUAUUGAUGUGAUUAUUCAUCAAUCUAUUGCUUAAAUAGACACGAUUAAUCGACAAGCGGGGCGUGUCGCCGCGCGGGUUUAGCUAGUCUACACCUAGGAGCCAAAACGUCGCUCUUGGGAAGAAAUCCCUUUCACUCAAAAAAACAAGACAUUGAAUAGACCGGAACCUUGUGCAACCGAUUUUUAGGGGAAACAUGCUCAGUGGUUUUUUUAGAACACACUACAUACGUAGGCACUCAUAUAUACGUGCGUACACUCACCCCUAUGAACACAUACAUUAUAUCCUUAUGAGCAUCUCCGAGGGAUUGAGCCGGGAUAUUAUUUUGAGAUUGAUGAAGUCAUCACAGGGGCCUUGUAGUCGACGGGAGCGUCUCUCCCACUAAACACGCAUCGCCGAAAAUCUUAAAAUAAAUUCAGGAUAAAUGCGAGCACAUGACUUUCUGAUAGACUAUGAAUACCACUAUCCUUGACAGGCUGUUUUUUUUUGAGACAAUGCUCAGAGCUGUUUGUCUAGUGACGAGAAGAUCAGCCUGGCCCAUUAACAUGACAGGCUGCCUUGACUGUCGCAACUGGCCUGGCCCGAUCCGGCUAAGGCCGAAGAAUGACGACUUGGAGGCGAAGAAAGAAGAAAUCGGACGGCUGCGGCUAGGCGGUGGUCGAAUCGUGGCCGCUCCAAAAUCGAAGGGUUUUAACCAAGUGAGGCUUGUUCGGUUUUGUUUCCUGCGGCUGCGGCGACAGGUCAGACAGAGCGGAAUUCCCUUCCUCCCGCUAGCUCGGGGCGGAUCCAUCCACCCGGCGGACCAUCUCUCAUCUCUCUGGGGCGCCAUGUCGGAGCACGCCGCCCCGGAGCUACCCAAGAGGUGCCACCACUGCGCAGGGCCCCUCUCCAAGGACAUGGAAACUAGCAGCUGGACCGUGACUCCAUUAGUUCGAGAUAGCUUCUCAAUGAUUGGUUCCGCUGUUGGGGGUACUGCAGGCGCAUUUUAUGCGUUUAAUCAUGCUAUGCCUGUUGUUCAGCGUUACAUAAAAGGGCCGAUGUGGAUGCAUUUUCUUGUUGGUGCCCCUCCAGUUGUUGUAUUCUCUUCUGCGUGUGCUGGAUUAGCAGUUUUCAUUCCUUGGCUCCACUUGACAGUUUUUGUCACUAGUGAUGUUUCACUUGGCCUGCCUAUGAGCAAGUAUAAUAACAGGCUUGUAGCCUGGUUACAUGGCAUGUUUGCUUAUGUGGAGGAGUGUGACAUGAAAAAGCAAGAGGAAUGGGAUCUCAUGCAAGAGCCUGCCUAUACACGUGCUCCUAGGCAACGGCAAUUAAUAUGAAGAAAGAGAAAGAGAGAAGGUGAAAAAAGUAUUACGCUUGUAGCCAACCUUUUUAUACGAGUGAUUGCAAACGAUAGCUUUACAUGACAUGGCAACUUAAUAUAGCCAGCAGCUGACUACACUAUUAGCCAUGCUCUAUUGGCUAUAAAACACGCUUGUACCUUUUGGGGAUUCCAAAGCAAAUGCUUUUAUGAAGUUUCAUUGUCAUGAAGGCUUCUGGACUGAAUUGAACCCCACAUUACCUUUUCACUGGUUUGCAUUCAUUCACACCAAUACAGAGUACAAACAUGUGAUAGUAGAUGAGUACGUCCAAACAAAGUUUACACAGGAGGGAAACUAGAUCCUGACUGGUGUAGCUGCCAAUGAGUGUUGGCCGAAGCUGCAUAGCUGUGGGCGUAUCGAGUAUGAGCCCUGAGUACUGGCCUAUAGCUGUCACUUGCAUAACCUUCAUCAGAUACUAGUCUAGCACAACACAUGCAAAUUUAUCCUGUGAACUACACAUUUUGUUAUUUUGGUGUUUGUAAUAGUAUUUUCCUUUAUUUUGGAGUACUUAUGAAGUGCAAUAUGAUAUUGGUCUGCUCAUUAAGCAAGCGAGGAGAACCUUGUCCUGUCCAAUCCAGACCACCCUUUAUAAACCAGAAGGUUUAAAGUUCAAACUAGAUGCGAUGGACACGGACAAAGCCAUGUAGAUGACCAGGGGAGGUGGUAUUGAAGGUGUUUCAAACUGGGCUGCGUCGGUUUUCUGUAGGUUGCUUUUAUGUGCAGUAACGUUUUUGAGGAACAUGUCUAUCUUAUAAUAAUAUAUGAUGCAUUAGUACUUGUCUACACCCAUUUUUUUUUCUUUUGCAUAUUCUAUGUUAGCUAAUUCGUUUUAGAGGAACAUGUGUUUUGUUUAUUGAUGUGAUCCUGGAAUUGAUAUGCAUUUCCAAACUAACUCACAGAUUGGUUAAUUAUCAUAUUUGGAACAUUUGCAUUUGAACUGCAGAUUUAAUGUGAGGACUAAUUAGUGCAUUUACAGCAAU